UCGCCGGAGCCAGAGCCAAAAUGAAGUGGUGCUUUCGAGUGAUUCUAAGUGCUGUGACCCUUGUGGCCCUCUCCCUGGCCGAGGUGAUCAACUUCCAAAAGUGUCCCGAUGUCGAAGAGAAAUGCUCCAUCCGCCAGGUCUCGGUAACGCCGUGCCCGGAUGCAGCCCGAGAGUUACCCUGCACCAUCCUGCGCGGGUCCAACGUGAGCAUUUCGUUUGACUUUACGCCGGAGUUUAACGCGAACGAGCUGACGGCCGACGUUUCUUGGACGCAGGCCGCGUUCGAUCUGCCCUUCAUCGGCAUGGACACGGCCGCCUGCAAGCACACCGCGUGCCCGGUUGAGUCCGGCAAGCAGCAGCACUACUCGUACGAUCUGAACAUAAAGAAGUCGUACCCGGCGCAACCUUACGACGUCAAGUGGAAGCUGACGAGCGAAAACAACGAGGCCUGUUGCUUCAUCCUCCAGAUCAACAUCUCCAAGAAGAUGAAGCGCACCUAACGUGGGGCCACUUUCAAUUGGCGCAUGGGCGUACUCCCGGGCUCCGCCAACGCUGCAAGAGAUUAAUAAACGUUGCUAUUUA